GAGAGGAGGAGAGAGGAGGAGGGAGGCAGCAGGGGACACGGUAACCUGCAGGAGGACUCACAUGGUCCUGCAGCAGCGGAGCACAGAGCACCGGGACUCUCCGAACGUCUGACACCCAGCCUCGGCUUCAGUCUUGUCGUCCUCCAGCGCUUUAUUUCCUCCUUCCCUCACAUCCCUCCUCCCCGCAGCCCAGUGUCGGUCGGACUGGGGCCGGUAAAGCAGCGCCAUGGCUCGGGAGAACGGAGACACCGGCAGAGGAGAGACGUGGAAAAAACAAGUCGACGAUAUUAAGAAGAUUUUUGAUUUCAAAGAAGUCCUCGGGACAGGGGCGUUUUCAGAGGUGGUCCUGGCCCAGGAGAAGCUGACCGGCCGGAUGUUUGCAGUGAAGUGCAUCCCCAAGAAGGCUCUGAAGGGAAAGGAGAGCAGCAUCGAGAACGAGAUCGCCGUGCUGAGGAAGAUCAAGCACGAGAACAUUGUGGCAUUGGAGGACAUCUAUGAGAGUCCCGACCACCUCUACCUGAUUAUGCAGCUGGUGUCCGGCGGCGAGCUGUUCGACCGAAUUGUGGAAAAGGGUUUCUACACGGAGAAGGAUGCGAGCACGCUGAUCCGGCAAGUCCUGGAUGCUGUUCACUACCUGCACAAGAUGGGGAUCGUACACCGAGACCUGAAGCCAGAGAACUUGUUGUAUUUUAAUCCUCAAGACGAGUCCAAAAUCAUGAUCAGUGACUUCGGCCUUUCCAAGAUGGAGGGCAGCGGUGACGUCAUGUCCACUGCCUGCGGCACGCCGGGAUAUGUGGCUCCAGAGGUUCUCGCCCAGAAGCCCUACAGUAAAGCAGUGGACUGCUGGUCCAUCGGAGUGAUCGCCUACAUCCUGCUGUGUGGUUAUCCUCCGUUCUACGAUGAAAACGACUCCAAGCUGUUCGAGCAGAUCCUUAAAGCCGACUACGAGUUUGAUGCACCGUACUGGGACGACAUCUCAGACUCAGCCAAGGAUUUCAUCAGCAGUCUGAUGGAAAAAGAUCCAGCCAAGCGUUUCACCUGCGAGCAGGCACUCAGACAUCCCUGGAUCGCUGGGGAUACAGCUCUCUGCAAGAACAUUCAUGAGUCAGUCAGCCGGCAGAUCAGAAAGAACUUCGCCAAGAGCAAGUGGAGGCAAGCGUUCAAUGCCACCGCCGUGGUUCGGCACAUGAGACGGCUGCAGCUUGGCAGCAGCAUGGGGGCCAGCAUGGACUCCUCCAACCCCCUAACUAGGCCGAAUCAGACGCAGAAGCCGGGACAAAGCCAGAACCAGGCAGGCCAGAACCAGCCAGCUCAGAGCCAAAAUACGGGCCAGGCGGCCCAGGGCCAGAGCACCAGCACCACCGCCAGCAAAAACACUUCCAUAGACAACAACAUAGCAGCUCCCCGCAAGGAAUGUGUCACUGCGCCGGUCACUCCCUGCAGUCUGGCGUCUGCAGCCUCUUCUCCCGCCGCGGGGACGGAGCUGAACCGGCCACAUCCCUCAGCGGUUCCCGCCCCGGUGCUCACGGAAACCAAGUGACGCCAGGUCCCGCGGGGAACCAGCUGGGAGGCCACAGCGCUGUGAGGCAGAGGGACGGAAAGAGACGGAGGACGACUAGAGAGGAAGAGGAUCUUCUUCGUCCCUCCCUCUUUUCACUGUACUCCGUCUUGGAUGCGCCCCCCCCCCAGCCAGUACCCCGCCCUGCUCCCGGGAGAGCAGAGGACUUUACCUCCACCCCACCGACUCCAGCCACCAUUACCAUUCUUUUCGCCCGCCGCCCACCAGGAUGACGUGGAGGACCCCAGCAGCAGCACACCUUCAGCUGUGAUUCUGAGCUGUUCAUUGAUCAGUGGGUGGAUCCUGGUCCGAGCAGCAGCUGGUGGUUCACGGUGGAGCCGGUGGUGUCAUAUUAUUCAGUGUCAGUCAGCAUCAGCUUCCCUCUUGAAUCUGGUCUUUCCUGCACCACUUUAUUUAGCUUUUUCCAACUUAGGUUUGACUGUUGGCAACUGGAUUGUUUUAUUUGUUAUUAUUACUGUUAAUUUUAAAGGUGCUGUGUGUAACUUUUAACAAAUAUUGACAAAUUAAUAGUACUACUUUAGUAUAGUUAUUGUAAAUAAAUAAGACCACAGCCAAGAUGAUGGGUCACCUCUAUUCUGGCGUGAUAUUUCUCUAAAUUACAACCCAGUGUCCCAUAAUCCUUUUAGUUUCUUCAUGUUUCCACCGUCAUCAUUCUCUGUUUGCUCUGGGAAAACAGAACCCUCAUCCUUUUACGUCUCGUACUGCGAUUGAGAGGAUUUCUUUUAACUUCUCCUUAUAACUGUGUCAAAUGUGACUUCAGUUGUUUACACAAAUUUUACUAAUGUUGCAGCUUGAAGUGGCAAUGAUUUAUCCAUGUAUAAAUGCAACACACAGCACCUUUAAGAUCUUCUCUGUGCCCUUACUGGGCUUGUUCGUCUGUUUGUUUGUGCUUUAAGAAGUGCUUUAAAAGUACCAUAUGACUGUUGAGAUGUGGAAACGUGAGUAAGCGCUUUUAUCUAUUUUGCACAGAGAGGGUCAGAUAUGUUGUCUCACACAGAGUAGCUGCCAUCCACAUACAUUUAUCAGACAGAGAGUAGAGAUUGUAAACCUUUAUACGGAUGUCAGCGGCAUUGUACAACUUGUUUAUUGUCUGAAAGUUCUUGAUUUUAUUAUUUUCUUACUUUAUGAGACUUUUCUAACAAUCGCCAUUCACAGGACACACAUAAUGGUUACUAUGAAACAUGCAGCAAGUUUAGGAUAGAGAAGAUGGAUAUGUGUAUUUACUGGAAAACUGCCUCCCGUUGAGAAUGUUGGCGACUAAAGAUAGAUUGCCAUUUGACUUCCCAAACUAAGGAGCUCCAAGCAGCGCAAUGUAGUUUGAAAUAUUUAUCAGCCUGCCAAGUGGGUCUUCAGAGUCACAAUCCAAGCUGGAGAAGCUGUUCCUGCCGCUGUUCCUUCCCCCUCUAAUGAAGCCAUGAGCUCACCUCCUCGUUGUGUCACGCUGCACCCAGUCCAGACGUGCUCAGGGAAAACUGCAGCUGCACGGUGCGCUGGCAAACAACACUUUUUGUUUGAUUUCUUAGGCCUGUCAUGGUCCAGGUGUUGCAGGCGGCAUCACAGUUAAUGAUGUAGGACGUUAGUCGUGUCCUUGUCACAGUGUUGAAGUGACUUGAGCAGUGAGGACGCUCAGACGAGAACAUAGAUGACCAAGUAGUCUUAUGAGAUUUUGACUACUUGAAAGUUUCAGCUAAUCACCUGGUUUCUGUCGAAACAUCUGUAGGAUCACCAUGUCAUUUUUGCUUCUUUGGGUUUUCGUUUAGACACACAUGUAUAGAUCUACAGAUUAGUGUCCCAUUCUUAACCACUCAGUUACUUUAAUGCAACUGUUCCAUUGACUGUCCUUUUUUUUUUUGUUCUUAAUAGAACUCUGACUUUCCUUGAACGUCACCGUUGUCUCUGAUGCUUAUGGCCUUUCACACACAAGCAGAACUGUACAGCGUCGGGGUGCUCACUCACACAUAUCAGAUUGUCACACCUUUAUUAGAUGCAAUUCUACUAAUCCCUUUAUUGUGAAGUGUAGCCAAAGACUUAUGAAGACAAUUUGGUUCAUUCUGCAUUACUUGGUGAAUUAGAACAAAACUAGUCAGAUGUGAAGCUGUUGUAGAAACAAACUAAGACUAAGGGCUGAACUCCAGCUGCUAACUAAUCUGGAGAGAAAGUUACUGACUUUUCAUCCCUUCCUGGUCUGUUGCCAUUUACCUUUUUAUGUAUGCAGUGUGCUGCUGAAGAAGUAUUAUUCACAGUGCUUGUUUUAUUCUGUGUGGCAUGAAGGUAAAAACGACAGUAAAUCAUCACUGACCUAAGCUUUCUGGAACUCACUUUUGGCUCAUGGCUUCACUUGGUGUGUUAAGCUCCACUUACCUGGCACUGAAGUUGACUAAAACAAAUCAUGAUGAGACAUUUGUAAACUCGUUUCCUAUUUUCAUCUCUCUUGUCUGCAUCUUUGGUCAUGAAAAGCAGCAUUUUCUUCAAUCAGUUCUUAGAGAACAAUUGCAGCGUUGAAAAGAAUUCAUGUUCAGAAAUAUUCUAUAUUGUUCUUAAUGUCAGGUAAUCUCAUGGAAACUACAAAUGGCAAAAUCAUUUUCAGCUGGGCAUUGUAGUCUUCAGCAAACAGUACUGAAAUAGAAGUAAAUCAUGUAUUUGUUUGGUACUAUUGUCAGCGGUGGAUACACAUUUUGUGCUUGAUAAAGUAUUUACAGCAGCAGGAUGGUGAAUGUGAGACUGAUGAAAAGGUUGAGUUUUGUGGCUUUGCUGAAUAAGAUAUCAGGUUUUGUUUACAUAAAGAACAUUUGCUAGUCGGACAAUAUUGAAAUUGCUUGAGAUUGUUCUCGAGAAGAAAAAUGUGGAAUAUCAACAGACCUAUCCUUUGAAGAGAUUUUAUUGGUUGGUUUUCAAAAGCUGUAUUGAAUAAUAUGAUAAAUAUCCAGCAAAGUUUUAUAGCACAUGGUCUAAUUUACCGCAAGAUUUGUAGCCAUUGCUAAAGUUAUACUUUGAAGAAGAAAAAUGUACUGUUGACUUAAAGACCACAGACUGUAUAUAAAAGAUGGACAUAGCCACCGUUUGGUUUGUAGAGUACUGAUUGAAAUCCUUGCGUUUGUCAUUUAGACCGUUGCCAUCUUGGGCCUUUGAAAAUAAACAUGAUGAACAUCAAGUUGUAAAUAUCUGACUGAGAACUUGAGGACACUACACAGGCCCAUAUGGUAGCAACUGUCAAUCACAAGGUCACGCCCCAAAACAUACAACACUUCAUUGUCCUUUUUCUGCUGAUCAAGAUCCUGAUUUUCAAAAUGAGCAUCAUGCUGCAUUAAAGGAGAUUUGAAACUAGUGACUGAGACCAUAAAGUCAUUAGGAAAAUGUUUACUGAUGUAGCAAAUCAGUUGAGAAUUAAGGUCUUUUUCUCACAGAAUUUCAUACACUCUGACUUCUUUUUGCAUCCAGAGCAGGCGCCCCCUGAUGGCUGUUAGAAACAAUAUAGAUUUUAGGUCACUUUUUAGACCAGGAGGCUCCGUUUCUUUAAUAUACAGUUGAUGUGAAAGAUGCUACUGAAUUGGAUUAUGAGAUAUGUAGGAUCCAGCAUUUUUGGAGCUUGAGUCACACUAGAGACAAAACUCUAAACUAAAUCUCGAAAAACUAGAGACUUGUCUGCUUUUGAUUUUGACCAGUUUUUUUGUUUUUCAAUUUCGUGGGAAUGCCCUAGCUUUAUGACAGUGCAAUGUUUAAGUGUUGGAAUACUCCUUUAAGGGAUGGAUAACCUUAAAAAAUGUCUCUAUUUACGCUGGAGCUGUCCUUUAACAGAACACAUCAUUCAUAUGCAGUCAACUCAAACAUAUUUAUAGACUCCACACAGAAAUCCUGAACCUGCUAACAUGGAGCUUUUGGUUCUUAUGGACAGCAGAUUUCAGAUCCACUGACUGAAAACUCUUUAUGCAUGUUGUCCCAGCAACAAAUUCAGUCUUAGCAGACUUUAAAUUAAAUAAAUAGGGUAGACUUUAGUGUUUUUUUUUUUUUUAAAAAGGGGCCAGUUAGCCUGAUUUAUUUAAUUUCAGCUGUGCGCGUGUCAAAGCAGUGAAAACUCUGUGUUUCUUACUGAACCGCAGCACCCACAUGUCUCUGCAUGAGUGCAUAGUUAAGCUUUCAGAAAAUUUAUAUAUAUGCUGACGUUUUUACAGUGGGCUCUUGUGUUACAGUUGUCUGAGAGGAAACGAACCUAACUCUGAGGUCAGUCCAUGUACCGUGAAGGGAACUUUCAAUCAUGUAAGGGCUUUUUUCCAGUGAUCACCUUAAUCUGAUUAUUCACUGUAACCGUGUACCCAUUGAUUGCUAUGCAUUUUUUAAGCAUUUUUAAGUGCGUUGUCAAUGCUUUUCGUGAAAGUGUGAUCAGGAAAUUCAAAGGAACCAUCAGCAGCAAGUGCAAACUCUGAAACUCUGUCUCAUCUAUGAAGAUUCCAAACACUUACUGAUUAUGUUUGCUAUCACUGACUCAGCUACAUUGUGAACGUAGUGCAACAGGUAGAGAUGUUAAUGAAGCCACCACUGUAAGAAUCAUUAAAUGUGAUGUCGUCCACGUCGGUCUGGACGCUUGGGUUUACGAAUUUGCUGUGAGGCAGACAGAGGGUUCAGGUUCAUGCUCCUCUGUGGUUUAACGUCUGCUGUUUUUGUUUGCUGAAGAGACAGAGAAUUUACGUUAUCCAAAUGAAUCUUUCCAUGUUAAAGUCGCUACUGUAAAUAGAUUGUGAAUAUGAAUGAUCAUUUUCAAGAUAAUAUUUACGAAUGUUUUGCUGUUCAGGCAUGUGUGAGUGAGCAAGUGAGUGAGUGUGUUGAGGGAAGUUGAUUGUAUUCUCUAUGGAAUGUUUAAUGUAUAAAAAAAAAAGUAAAACAGAAAAGAAAAAGCUAAAGUCCCCUUUACUCCCCGACUGCUUUCAGAAACUGUCCAGCAGCAUGUGACUGUCAAUUACAGAGCUGCUCAGUGCGGUUUAAUACCAUCAGUGUUCCACCUCCACUUCAGUGUCAGUCCGACUACAAGUGAAAGCAUCGUUUACUGAACUCAGGCUUACGUUUUUGCCAUUCUAAAGGAAGAAAUCCAAAGCUGUGACCGACUCAGAAACACACUGUUAUGGACGUAGGGGGAACGACGGGCCGCUCUCGUCCGCUGCUUCCCCUUUGAGCUCACACUCCUCUGACCUUUUUUUAAUGAAGAUGCCGCUAAAGUGCACUGUCACAAAAAAAACGCAAGCAUGUUGAAAAAAGUGCUACAAGAAUUCAAUUUCACCAUGAGUGUUUGCAUAAUCUUAUAUGCCCUUGUAUGAUGUUAGUAUCUCUGUAUUAUGUAAAGACGUACACAGGUUGAGAUGCCCGAGUCCUCAAACAGCUGCCUGGCAGAGUUUCAGUUGUACAAACAGGCAGAAUCAUCUGUUACUAGCUACCCGACAUGGAUGCAUUAAAAAAUACUGUGUUCCAAGAUAGUACUGUAUGUAUCACUAUGAAAAAAAAAUUCUAGUGCUAAUUUAAGAGUAGCUAAAGUCCUCGUAGGCCUUAAAAAGUCUGUGGAGGGAGUAUCUGCUGAUUCUCUACACACAUUAAUGGCAUAAACAGGAUUUAUUAAUAUUUGUUUGUGGCCGUUAAAGGCUUUUAUUGUCCCAAGUUGAGAUAAUACAAAAAGUAAUCUAUGAAAGAACUGUAUUUUUUAAAGUUGUUUCUAGUAACAACUGUAUAGGAGUUGAUUUCCUUUAGCAUGCAGGUACUUGCAUUCCUAGCUGCCGCCACCAGGACUAAAUGGAUACAUAGCUAGCACAUUCCUACGGCCAAUGUGGCCAAAAAUGUGGCAAAAUCUGACUUUUAAGGACUUACACAUUUUCCUUCAUUUAUGAUCUUAAAAUCAAUUGCAUUAGCUUACCGAGUUAGCUGUGGCCUUUUAUUGCUAGUAAAUUUAGCGUUUACGUAGCUAACGAUAUUUUGUCAUGGCUAUUCUUAUCCCAAAAAGACAACGACUAUGAAGUAUAGCACCUGUAGUGAAUUGCCAUGUAUUUUAAGUAAGCUACUGAGUCAGCGGGAUAUGUCAUGGCUAAUUUUACCUACACUGGCUAAGUUCUAUAUCUCAUGGUCCACUGCUGCCUUCAAAUGGAACUCAUGAGCUCAUGAUUAUUACAUAGAAAGUCAUGUUCAAGUGGUAACAGUUCCCGUAUGUUGUAGGAACAUUACUUCUGCUACACUACAACAGCAAAACUUUGUGCACGUUCCAACCCACGAGAUCUGCCACUGCUGUGUUCAUGGGAGAUAAAGUACCUGCUCUUGGUUAGUUACUUCUGAAUGGCCCUGAAACACUCUUGGUCCCAUCUUGACACUGAUUGGUUAAAGUCAAAUAAGCUAAAUGGUGAUUGGUUAAACUCCAAGAGGACAACAAAUCCCAUCUUUCUGCCUUCUUGAUGUCCUCUCUGAGUAGCAGUCUUCUCUAUAACAUUGCAACAUAACAUCCACCACAUAGCUGACCCUCCAUUGUUCUAUUUCCUGUGCGCUCACAGCACUGGAGUUGCGUAAAGAAGCGAUUGUUUGUUGUUGGACACUCAGAGUAAACUUGGUGGUCGAAUCUGUUGGAUCCAACACCACAAAACAGAAAGUCCAUUUAUCAAACAACAAGCCAGUAAUGUAAUAUACAAACUUCAAAGGUAAAAUGAAAAGAUGAGGCUAUUGGGAAUAUUAUAAUUUUCUCAGACAAAAAACAACAGAUAAAAUUAUAACUUAUUAUAUACAUCUAUUGAAAAAUCAACUUCCAUAGCCUCCCCAGUUAUAAAAACAUAAACAUGUCACAACCCAUGAACUCAGAACUUGUUAGAAAAAGUUCACUUCAGUGAAUACCACAGGAGGUUUGCAGUCAUGUGGACUUUUCCCUCGAACACAGUGAACUCGACUCCCAUUUGAAGGCACCAUAUGACAGACGAGGACUUUCCUUACAUGCAAGUGUUUAUGAUUGUCACCAACUGAAUUUAAACUUGGAGCAAAGUUUUACGCUCUGAAACUUUGCGCAGCCUUUGAGAUGUGUUUGUUGAACUGAAACUGUGUCCAUGCCGCCUGUUGGACUCGGGUGUCUCCCUGCGGGUGUCCUCGUCCAGAGCCUGCUGAGUCAGCCGGCUGUAUUUACUCUCUGCAUGUGACCACAGAACUCCCAUCCUGUGCACCGUCGUCAGGUUGGCGACGCCCACGUCUCAGAGCGGGCACCGCCUGCCGCACUUAUUGUGGUGUGAUGAUGAUGAUGAUGACUUUCUGUUAAUGGGGCUUGUAUAUCAGAUGCCUUCGACAAUCAUGUGCACAUAUCAGAGUUACCAUGACGACACAGGCCGGAGCGACUGAUUGUGUUUUGUUUGUCUUUUCUCCUGGAAUAAAUCCUGAAUGAUCGUA